AUGCAGCUGCCAUGGGCGGGCCGCGACUCUGGCAGCGAGUCUCUGCUGCCAAUGACCAGCGUGCCCAUCAUCACCGAAGACGCGGCCGAUUCAUCACGACAGGGGAGAUCAGAGUCCAGGCCUGGACAUGCCCGGACAUCAUCGGCGCAUGCGCGGGGAGUGGCCAGAGAGUAUUCCUUCAUGACCCCCAGCGAGGCUGCCGCGCAGCUACGAACGUCGCUUACAUACGGCCUCACGCCCAACGAAGCACUGAAACGACUUGGCGAAUACGGACCCAACGAGAUCCCCCACGAAGCCCCGGAGCCGCUCUGGCUGCGGUUUCUCAAGCAAUUCCAAGAGCCGCUGAUUGUACUUCUGCUGGUGUCCGCAGGGACGUCCCUGCUCUUGGGCAACAUGGAUGAUGCUAUUAGCAUCACUGUGGCGGUAACCAUUGUCGUCUCUGUUGGCUUUGUUCAGGAGUAUCGAUCCGAAAAGUCAAUCGAGGCCCUCAACCACUUGGUCCCGAAUCACGCACACCUGGUACGGGGCUCGCCGAGCAAGUCCAACCCACAGAAAGCUCCCGCAUGGCCCCCGAGCAUCAGCGACCCCCUGGAUGCGGCUGAUAGCUCUGGCGCAAUUACUCCAAUCGAAGAUAUCUUGGACGGCACGUCUUUCAAAGUUUCAGCUUCGCAGCUCGUCCCCGGAGACUUGGUCUUGUUUACCACCGGCGACCGUAUCCCUGCGGAUAUUCGGGUUACCAAGGCAGCUGAUUUGACCAUUGACGUCUCCAACCUCACUGGCGAAACGAAGCCCGUCCGGAUAUCGACCGAAGCGGAACCUCACGAUUUUAAUGCGCAGGCCUUCAACCAAUUUCCAAGGCCAGCUUCCCUCUCUCCGGCAGCCCCCAUGGGCAAUGCUGAGUCGUCUGAUAGCAGCAACGCUAGAAACAUUGCUUACAUGGGCACGCUGGUGAAAUCUGGUCACGGCCAGGGAAUUGUCUUUGCUACUGGUGGGAAGACUCACUUCGGCUCGAUUGCGUCCAGUGUUUCUGGGACAGAGAACCCAAGGUCUCCUUUACAGCUGUCAAUGGACGACCUCGGUUCGCAGCUGAGCAAGGCAUCAUUUGUGGUCAUUGGACUGAUAUCACUUGUUGGCUGGUUGCAAGGGAAGAAACUGCUGGAAAUCUUUACCAUUUCUAUAUCCUUGGCCGUAGCAGCCAUUCCCGAGGGAUUGCCCAUCAUUGUCACCGUCACCCUGGCUCUUGGUGUUCACCGGAUGGCUAAGCAUCACGCUAUCGUGCGCUGGAUGCCCAAGGUGGAAACCCUUGGCUCCGUCAAUGUUGUCUGUACCGACAAGACCGGCACGCUCACGACAAACCAUAUGACAACUGUGGAGAUGUGGUGCUUUGGUGAAGACGGUUCGUUAAACAUCGCUUCAGAUGCCGAGGUUGAGGACCUCAAACCAACCCAAGCGGCUUUACAUAUCCUACGAAUUGGAAACAUCGCAAACAAUGCUCGACUGUCAAAGAGUUUCACGGAGAGCGGCGCUGCCACAAGUGCCGUAUUAUCUUCAACACUGGGGCGCGAGGAGGCAUCGACUUAUACGCGCUGGGUCGGCCAACCAACCGAUGUGGCCAUGCUUGAUCUGCUCGACAAAUUCAAAGAACACGACAUACGCGACUCCAUGGGCCCUCGGGUCACAGAGGUGCCCUUUAGCUCCGAGAGAAAGUGGAUGGGAGUUACCGUUGGAAGCGAAAAGGAGCAUGCGUAUAUGAAGGGAUCGAUUGAAAAGGUUCUGGCCGCUUGCGACACGUAUUUGGAACAGGAUGGCCGAGAAAUCGUAUUGGACAAUACACGACGCCAGGAGGCUUUGGCAGCGGCCGAUGCCAUGGCUUCCAAGGGACUCCGUGUGCUUGCUUUUGCCAGUGGACAAGUGGCCAGACCUUCGAGAACACGCACAUCGGCAGCUGACACGCGAAGCAACACGCCCGCAACUGGAGCCUCCACUCCGGUCAUCCCUCAAGGCUCCGAGGAUGCUUACAAGGGCCUCACCUUUGCCGGCCUGGUCGGUAUGAGAGACCCUCCGAGACCUGGCGUGGAGCGCUCUAUCCGACGAUUGAUGCGUGGCGGUGUGCGCGUUAUUAUGAUCACUGGUGAUGCCGAGACCACGGCGCUUGCGAUUGGUAAACAGCUAGGGAUGAGUGUUGCCGUUCCCAGCGCUCAUUUGCCGGGUCAGAACGCGGUUAAAGCCGUCCUUAGAGGGGACGAAAUUGACAGCAUGUCUGACGAGGCCCUCGCCCAGGCGAUGCAGCAUACGACCAUCUUCGCGAGAACCAACCCCGACCACAAGAUGAAGAUUAUCCGCGCGCUUCAGUCCCGAGGAGACAUUGUAGCCAUGACUGGCGAUGGCGUAAACGAUGCACCGGCUUUGAAAAAGGCUGAUAUUGGCAUUGCAAUGGGACGUCAUGGAACUGAUGUGGCCAAGGAGGCAGCGGACAUGAUUCUGACUGACGAUGACUUCUCAACCAUCUUGCGGGCUAUCGAGGAAGGAAAGGGCAUCUUCAACAACAUUCAGAACUUCCUCACCUUCCAGCUCAGCACGAGUGCAGCGAGCUUGGCCCUUGUCUUUGUCUGCACAUGCUUCGGGUUCAAGAGUCCCUUGAAUGCCAUGCAGAUUCUCUGGAUUAACAUCAUCAUGGACGGCCCUCCUGCGCAAUCUCUCGGUGUCGAGACGGUCGACCCAGACGUGAUGAAUAGGCCCCCGAGGAAGCGCAACGACCCGGUUCUGACGACGAAGCUCAUACAGAGGGUUCUCACCUCGGCGGCUAUCAUCAUGGUGGGCACUAUGAUCACGUACCGGCAGCAAAUGGCUGACGGCAUCGUCACCCGUCGGGAUACCACCAUGACUUUUACCUGCUUCGUUUUCUUUGACAUGUUCAACGCUCUCAGCUGCCGCUCCGAAUCAAAAUCGGUGUUGCGCGGCGAGGUGGGACUAUUUUCGAAUAACUUGUUUAACUGGGCAGUCUCUCUGUCAAUCGUUGGUCAGCUGCUCGUCAUCUAUCUCCCAUGGCUACAAGAGGUCUUCCAGACGGAAGCCCUUGGGCUGGGCGAUUUAGUACGGCUGGUCCUGCUUUGCAGCACGGUGUUUUUGGCGGAUGAAUUACGAAAGUAUCUCAAGUAUGGGCAGCGGCGUUUGGGCGGCGGUUACAGCCAGGCGGUUUAA